CUUUGCGGUCUCGACUUGCCCCAACACACGUUCCCUCCUCUUAAUAACCCCCAUACUCUCACUCUCCUUCAUUACAAUGUCUUUCGCACGCCGCUUUAUGUCGACUACCAAGACCAUGGCUGACACCUUCUUCGACAUCACCAUCAACGGCCAGCCGGCUGGUCGCAUCCAGUUCAAGCUCCGUGACGACGUUGUCCCCAAGACCGCCGCCAACUUCCGUGCUCUCUGCACUGGCGAGAAGGGCUACGGCUACGAGGGCUCGGGCUUCCACCGUGUCAUCCCUGACUUCAUGCUCCAGGGCGGUGACUUCACCCGUCACAACGGCACCGGCGGCAAGUCGAUCUACGGCGAGAAGUUCGCCGACGAGAACUUCAAGCUCAAGCACGACCGCCCCGGACUCCUCUCCAUGGCCAACGCUGGCCCCAACACCAACGGCUCGCAGUUCUUCGUCACCACCGUCGUCACCCCUUGGCUCGACGGCAAGCACGUCGUCUUUGGCGAGGUCACCCAGGGCAUGGACCUUGUCAAGAAGAUUGAGUCGCUCGGCUCGAACUCGGGCAAGCCCAAGGCUGAGGUCAAGAUCGCCAAGUCGGGCACUGUUUAAAUAGAACUUUGAAAACGCAGGCGAGACAUGCUGCUUUGCCAGCCACUGUCUGCCUGGGGAGUUUUGUAAGCGGCUAUAGACUUGUAAUUUUCUGUAGUCGAUCUUACAUGAAUAAGAAAGAAGGCG